AUGCCAACUGUACAACUUCCAUGCAAGGUUCUCGUCUCUGGCGCGAACGGCUAUAUCGCGGUUUGGGUUGUCCGCACCCUUCUCGAGAAAGGGUACUCUGUCCGUGGAACAGUCCGGUCUGAGGAAAAAGCAGUACACCUCAGGCAACUAUUCAGCUCGUAUGGUGAUAAGCAUGAGGUCGUCGUCGUUGAAGAUAUCACAAAGGAUGGAGCCUUUGACGAGGCAGUUAAAGGCGUUGAUGCUAUUGAGCAUACAGCCUCUCCUUUUCACAUGAAUGCAGAUGACCCAGAUGAACUUAUCAUUCCCGCAGUUAAUGGUACAGUUGGCAUGCUGAAGAGCGCUCUCAAGUAUGGCCAAUCCGUCAAGCGUAUCGUGAUCACUUCAUCGGGAGCUGCAGUCCUGCGGGACACGACAACGCCAUCCACUUUCUCCGAACUGAACUGGAACGAGCAAUGUCUGGAAAUUCUGAAAGAAAAAGGUCGCGAAGCGCCUAAUAUGAUGAAGUAUCGUGCUUCGAAGACUCUCGCUGAGAAAGCGGCCUGGGAGUUCUGGAACAAACAUAAAGCUAGUGUCGGCUGGGAUCUCACUGUCCUUAACCCACCUUAUGUCUUUGGGCCCGCUAUCAAUGAAGCCACAGCACCAUCCGGAUUGGGCACGUCCUCAAAAUUGUUCUACAACUAUGUCGCCCAUCCAAACUCCAGCGGAGCAACAAACGAGUUCCUUGCUUCCUUCGGUACAACCUGGAUCGAUGUGCGUGACCUUGCGGAAGCGCAUGUCAUCUCGCUCGAGAAGGAAGCUGCAGGUGGCGAACGAAUCAUCGUUAGUGCAGGACUUUGGAAAUGGCAGGAUUUCAUUGACGUUGCUAAUACAAUCUCGCCGCCACCGAAACUCGCAACAGGUGGUCUGCCGAAGGGUAACCCUGGUGCUGGUACUGGACACCCCUCCACAGUGCACUUCCUUCAGUACGACACCACGAAAGCUGCGCGAAUCCUGGGGCUGAAGUACCGAACUAUAGCAGAGAUGACGAGGGACACGCUGGCAGACUAUGAAGCAAAGGGAUGGUAA